CCGCCCGCUACUACUGUGAAGGCCUUGCCACCGAUGACAUCCGACCAACCUGAGCAGGCGCAGCCUGGUACUGGUGAAGCAGCAUCCACUGUUGUGCUUGGCGCGGCCGUGGCGACGAGAUCCCUCAAGGUGAAAAAAGUCACCUUUAAGAAAUCCAUAUUGAAAUCCUCCGGCGGUAAUCUGGAGCGAUCCAAUGAAGCCGGGACCAGCACAACCCCCGAACAAAAUCCCGAAGUUACUACCCAGCAUGAAGAACCGAGGGAGCCGCAGAAAUCUCAGACAGCCCCCGACAAAUCGUCCGGCGCUCCGCAAUGGGAUCCAAGCGAAGAGGGUGGAACCAGCGGUGCCAACGAUGCCACUGAAGAUAUCAUAGUCCACCCGGACAAUUAUAUGGUGCGAAAAGAGCUUAUUGAUGAUCCCAUGUUGACGAAUGCCAUGUUGAAGCAAUACCAAGACACGUUCAAGGACUUGUACCAAUUUUCUCAUAAACUGGCGAAUAACUCAAGAGAGAAAUCCAACAAGCUGUGCUUUGUCGAAAGCAGCUUGCGCCGGUUGCAGGAAAAAAAUCGUAGGAUCAGUGAAGAAAUCAUGAAGAGGGUAGAGCUCCAUAACGAGCUCGACACUUUGAAGCGCGAGCGGAUCCGGGAAGUUUGGCUCCUCAAGCAGGAAAUUGCCAAUCUCGAGAAGGAGAAGAAAUCCUUGGAGGAAAAAUACCAAGGUAACAUUCCCGAGUACCAAUUUGCAGCGAGUGCGAAGAUAGCUGAUCGUCAUCCCUCGCGCAAGCGAAGUCGAAGCCUUGGAACAACACGCAGAUCACCUGAAAUCCACCGUAGAAGGGCUGCACGCAACGCGGAAGGAGCUCGAGAAAUAUAAGGAAGCCAUGAGAGUUGUCGUCGACAUGGUAUAUCCUCCGGAGGGAGGCGCUGGGAAUGCUUGGCAGCUUCAGAGUUGCCUGCGUGAUGCCCCGCAGAAGAUCUCUAACUUCAUCAGGGAGAGCUCCAAGGUCGUCGUGACCCACGUGCUUGGCCUUAGGGCAGGUACAGCAAUCGGCCAAUCGCCGA